GCGUAUAAAUCCCAGCCCCUUUUCCCCAGUCUGUCCAAACAGCAACAUGCAGACACCCCGAAGUGGAUUUUAGUCGAAGGGAAUACAUUAAGAAGAAAACUGCAAGUCGAUCCGUAACCACUGUGAAACGCUCAACAGCUGCUACAGAAAAAGUUCUGACACAUAGCAAAAUGGCUGGACUCAAGUACAUGAGCGGUUUCGGGAACGAGUUCUCAUCUGAAGACCCUCGCUGUCCUGGAUCCUUACCCGAGGGACAGAAUAAUCCCCAGGUCAGCCCAUAUGGCCUUUAUGCCGAGCAGCUCUCCGGCUCUGCCUUCACCUGCCCGCGUCCAGCCAAUAAGAGGAGCUGGUUGUACCGCAUCCUUCCAUCUGUUAAACACAAGCCAUUCACCUCGGUUCCCUGUGGAGAUCUAACAGAGAACUGGAACGAAGUGGAGCCUGAUCCUAACCAGCUUCGAUGGCUGCCAUUCACCAUCCCCAAAGCUACAGAGAAGAAAGUGGACUUUGUGGCUGGUUUGCAUACUGUCUGCGGUGCUGGAGAUGCCAAAUCUCGUAAUGGCAUUGGCGUCCACGUGUACACCUGUAACACCUCCAUGGUCGACAGGUGCUUCAACAACUCAGACGGAGACUUUCUGAUUGUCCCUCAGCAGGGAGAGAUCUUGAUCACCACAGAGUUUGGGAAGAUGAUGGUCGAGCCGAACGAGAUCUGUGUCAUCCAGCAAGGGAUGCGCUUCAGUGUGGAUGUGUUUGGGGAAACCAGAGGCUACAUACUCGAGGUGUAUGGUGCCCAUUUUGAACUGCCUGACCUUGGCCCAAUAGGAGCCAAUGGUCUGGCUAACCCGAGAGACUUCCUGUGUCCGGUUGCAUGGUAUGAAGAUCGCAAAGUGCCCACUGGUUACACCGUCAUCAAUAAAUACCAGGGGAAGCUGUUUGCAUGCCAACAGGAUUUCUCGCCAUUCAAUGUGGUCGCCUGGCACGGUAACUACACGCCUUACAAAUACAACCUGAAGAACUUCAUGGUUAUCAACUGUGUGGCCUUCGACCAUGCGGAUCCAUCUAUCUUUACUGUGCUUACUGCCAAAUCCACUAGACCAGGGGUUGCCAUUGCUGACUUUGUCAUCUUCCCCCCACGGUGGGGUGUGGCUGACCACACCUUCCGUCCACCAUACUAUCACCGUAACUGCAUGAGUGAAUUCAUGGGUCUGAUCAAAGGCCAUUAUGAGGCCAAAGAGGAGGGUUUCCAGCCAGGAGGGGCCAGUCUCCACAGCAUAAUGACCCCGCAUGGCCCGGACGUGGACUGCUUUGAGAAGAACAGCACUGCUGAACUCAAACCUGAGAGGGUGGCUGAGGGAACCAUGGCUUUUAUGUUUGAGUCGUCCUUCAGCAUGGCGGUGACAAAGUGGGGUCUUCAUACAUGCCAGAAGCUUGACAAGAACUACUACCAAUGUUGGGAACCUCUACGCAGCCACUUUAACCCCAACUGGAAGCCCGGCAAACAGUAGAAACCCAGUGAUUCAGAAUGCAUUAAGAGCAAACGAAUCAAAAAUAAAUAUAUCAAAAUAAAAAUUUCACUUCUCGCAAUCCAAUGAUUUAUUUGUGUUCCCCGAGUAGAUCUGUUGACAGAAUAAACAGGAAGAAUAAAGUAA